UAUAUAUUUCUCAAGAACUUAAUGUGGUUUAGUGGUUCGAUUUCAGUGGUGAUAAUAGAAAACUCCAAAUGAUUGGUGAGAAGAUGGAUGCUCUGUUCCAAGGGCUUAUCGAUGAGCAUCAAAGCAAGAAGGAAAGUUCAAACACCAUGAUAGAUCACUUACUCUCUUUUCAAGAAUCUCAGCCAGAGUAUUACACCGAUCAAAUUAUCAAAGGGCUUAUCAUGGCCAUGAUGGUGGCUGGAACAGAGACUUUGGCUAUAACAAUAGAAUGGGCAUUGUCGAAUCUGUUAAACCAUCCACAAGUGUUGGAGAAAGCAAGGAUGGAGUUGGACAAGGUCUUCAUGGAUAAGAAUUUUCUGUUAGACAAAAACUCCUCAACCUGGCGCUUCACUGCACCAAAAGUCUGCUUAAAUUGUGAAACCUUGUUCUCAAACUGCUUGUGGGAACUGGUGCAAUUCUCCACCGACUUCCACAAAUUUUCUUCCUUCACCAAAUCCAGUAAACACUUGCGAUUAGCAGUUUGUAAAUCAAGGCAGAGAGAAAGCACAUAUGUUGAAGACUUGUUCAUAGCUUACAUUGUUGGAAUGGACACAAUGGCUCGUGGAUUCAAGAAUGCUGCUAAGUUAAUUGAGCUUGCUCUAGGUGCUGUAAAUUCAGAGGUUCUUCUUGGAAGAUAUGAGCUUUAA